AUGUCUCUCAAGAAAGAUUCCUUCCCCUCGUCCGCCGCGUUCGACGCGAUCAACCAGACACUCCAGGGCGAUGCCGCCGAGCGCAAGGACGCCGUCAACAAGGCCAAGGCCGUUGUCGCCUUCAACCUGAAGAACUCCAGCGGCGAAGAGAAGAGCUGGUACCUCGACCUGAAGGAGAAGGGCGAGGUCGGCGAGGGCGCGGCCCCUCAGGGCGGCAAGGCUGAUGUUACUCUCUCCCUCUCCGACGAAGACUUCGCUCAGCUCGUCACCGGCAAGGCGAACGCCCAGCGUCUGUUCAUGGGUGGCAAGCUCAAGAUCAAGGGGAACAUCAUGAAGGCAACCAAGAUGGAGCCCAUCCUCAAGAAGGCCCAGGGCAAGGCCAAGCUGUAA